AUGGCGGAGGGAACGCCCAGCAUCCUGAUCCGGGGCGGCCGGGUCUACGACCAUGACGGCGACACCGACCUGCCGCCGGUCGCCGACGUGCUCAUCGAGGGCGACCGCAUCGCCCGAAUCGGCGCCGGAAUCGGUCCCGCCGACCGGACGAUCGAUGCCGCCGGCAAGCUGGUCAUGCCGGGUUUCGUCAACGCGCAUUACCACUCGCACGACGUGCUCCUGAAGGGCUGUUUCGAGACCCUGCCGCUCGAGCUCUGGCUGCUGCACGCGCUGCCGCCGGCAUACCCCAGGCGCUCCGCCGCCGAGGUGCGCGCGCGGACGCUGCUGGGCGCGGCGGAAUGCCUGCGCUCGGGGAUGACGACCAUCCAGGACAUGCUGACGCUCUUCCCCUUCGAUCCCGAACAUCUGGCGACCGUGGUCGCCGCCUAUGAGGAGAUCGGCAUCCGCUGCACGUUUUCGCUGCAGGUCGGCGACAUCCCGGGGAUCGAACGGGUGCCGUUCUGGAAGGAGGUCGUUCCCGAGGAAUAUCACCGCCAUCUCGGCGCCUCGGUCGAGCCCGGCGGCUUCGACCCGCUCACCCAUGUCCGCGACCGGUAUCUCGACUAUCGCGCGACCUCGCCGCGGUUUCGCUGGGCGCUCGGCCCGACCAGCCCGGAGUUCUGCACGCCGCGCCUGCUCGAAGGGCUGGCGGCGCUGUCGGCCGAAUACGGACUGCCGGUGAUCACCCAUAUCUACGAAUCGCGCUCGAUGGCGGUCGCCGGUCGCCUGUUCAUGCCCGAGCAUGACGGCUCGCAGGUCAAGUAUCUGCGCUCGACCGGGCUGCUCGGGGCCAAUGUCGGGCUCGCCCACAGCGUCUGGAUGCGCCCCGACGAGAUCGAGAUCCUGGCCGAGACCGGGACCAACGUGAUCCUCAACCCGGUCGGCAAUCUGAAAACCCGGUCCGGCGUGCCGCCGAUCCGCGGCUAUCUCGAUGCCGGGGUGCCGACCGCGAUCGGCUGCGACAACUCUCCUGCGGCGAUGCGCAGAACAUGUUCCACGCGAUGA